AUGGAAGAGACCACACCCCUUUUACCCGGCGAAGACGGCGGUGACGGCGGCGGCGGCGGCUCCCAGCAGCGAGGACCUCGGUGUGCUUCAUUCUUUCAGGCACGACGGCCGAGAACCAUUUACUUUCUGUUGUCGUUGAUGGUGUUUGGGUUGUCCUUCUCCGGGUCAUUGGGCGACGUGCCCGUUACGAGAUUGAUCGAGGACAACCUCUGUCAGAGGUACUACGCGGCCCGGUUGGACGGGGCCACGCGCCAUAACAAGAUUGACGAGAGUCUGUGCAAGUCUGACGAGAUUCAGUCGCAAUUGGCCUACUUGAAUGGAUUGCUGCCCAUGGUAGAGGCUGUCGUUGGUCUCAAGUCAGGCAUUAACGGCGUAUUCAGAAAAGGUCGCAAGCCGGUCUUGUGGCUCUCCCUCACCGGCAUCUUCGUGUCGGGCUUAUGGAUAGCCGUCGUCCUAGCCCUAGGUCAAAGAAUUUCCAUAUACAUCAUUCUCAUUUCACCCGUCUUUGCUGUCGUCGGCGGUGGAAGCACAGUUUUGGUCUCGGACAUUUACUCUGUCGUGGCCGAUGUUGUUUGCGAAGCAGACAGAGUAUCGGCCUUCUUGACCGUCUCGCUCGGGAGUCUCGUUGGCAAUCUAUUCGGUCCGCUAACCGCCUCAUCCCUCAUGAGGACCUCGUCUCCAUGGACCCCCAUUGCACUCAGUCUGCUCACCCUGCUUCUCGCUAUGGGAGUCAUUGGUUUCAUUCCCGAGACAUUACCCGCGCUGAAGCAGGAAGAAGAGUGGAGCGUAUCACGGGAUGAUUCCUUGUACGGCACCGUCAAAUCAUACGUCUGGGAGUUCAAAGAUCAAAUCAAAGAGGCAAUCGGCAUGAUUAGGCAGCCAUCGCUAAGUCUCAUCUUGUUCGCAUUUCUGUGUCCCUCCCCAGUGGGAAUCGCCACCAGCGCACUCUUUAUCCAAUACGUCAGUAAGCGGUUCGAUUGGUCCAUGGCAGCAGCAGGCUACCUGCUCUCUUUACGGAGCAUGGUGAAUGUAUUUGUCGUUUUGCUCGUUAUUCCUGGGCUCUCGAAGCUCCUCGUCUCCGGUGUGGUGGUGAAGGGUUUCUCAGCCGGUGAAAAGGACCGAAUCCUAGCCCAAGCAUCUGCGUUUUCUCUGGCAGCUGGGUUCUUGCUUCUUGCGGGAACAACCAUGCCCAUUGUUAUAAGCGGGCUAAUUGUCAAGACCCUCGGUGCAGGAUUACCGUCACUGUGUCGAUCUCUGGCCGCGUAUCAUACAAGUGCGGAAAACACGUCGAAGCUACAAACAGUGAUUGGGAUCACAGAAACCACGGGCCUACUUGUGGCAGCGCCGGGGCUAGCAUGGAUGUUUUCGAUUGGCAUGAAGCUUGGAGGAGUUUGGAUGGGCUUGCCAGGAGACAUAUCAUUUGCAAGACGUGGCGCCGCAUACAGCCUCAGUUCGCAGUUUUUUGUCUCAUGGAACGAUGCCGUCGAGGGUGGCUAUUGGCCAUAA